AUGUUUUUAACUAGAAGUGAAUACGAUAGAGGUGUUUCGACGUUUUCUCCUGAAGGGAGAUUAUUUCAAGUGGAAUAUUCUUUAGAAGCCAUUAAAUUAGGAUCCACUGCCAUUGGAAUUGCUACAUCAGAAGGUGUAAUUUUAGGUGUCGAAAAAAGAGUUACUUCACCAUUAUUAGAACAUUCAUCCAUUGAAAAAAUUGUAGAAAUUGAUCAUCAUAUUGGUUGUGCCAUGUCAGGAUUAACUGCUGAUGCCAGAUCAAUGAUUGACCAUGCUAGAGUUUCAUCUUUAACUCAUAAUUUAUACUAUGAUGAAGAUAUUCAAGUAGAAAGUUUAACUCAAUCAGUUUGUGAUUUAGCUUUAAGAUUCGGUGAAGGUGCUGGUGGUGAAGAAAGAUUAAUGUCAAGACCUUUUGGGGUUGCUUUAUUAAUUGCCGGUAUUGAUAAAGAUAAUGGACCACAAUUAUAUCAUGCUGAACCUUCAGGAACAUUUUAUAGAUAUGAUGCUAAAGCAAUUGGUUCAGGAUCUGAAGGUGCACAAGCUGAAUUACAAAAUGAAUAUCAUAAAUCUUUAACUUUAAAAGAAGCUGAAUUAUUAGCUUUAAAAAUAUUGAAACAAGUAAUGGAAGAGAAAUUAGAUUGUAAAAAUGCUCAAUUAGCUAGUGUUACUAAAGAGGGAUUCAAGGUUUAUAGUGAUGAAGCUACUGAAAAGAUUAUUAAAGAGUUGAACGAAGCUGAAACGGAAGAUUAA